AUGUUCUUCAUCACAUUCAGCAUCAUGUUCAUCAUCAUGUUCAUCAUCAUGUUCAUCAUCAUGUUCAUCAUGUUCAUCAUCAUCAUGUUCUUCAUCACAUUCAGCAUCAUGUUCAUCAUCAUGUUCAUCAUCAUGUUCAUCAUCAUGUUCUUCAUCACCAUGUUCAUCAUGUUCAUCAUCAUGUUCUUCAUCACCAUGUUCAUCAUGUUCAUCAUCAUCAUCAUCACAUUCAUCAUGUUCAUCAUCACGUUCAUCAUCACAUUCAUCAUCAUGUUCAUCAUCAUCAUGUUCUUCAUCACGUUCAUCAUCAUGUUCAUCAUGUUCAUCAUCAUGUUCUUCAUCACCAUGUUCAUCAUGUUCAUCAUCAUCAUCAUCAUCACAUUCAUCAUGUUCAUCAUCACGUUCAUCAUCACGUUCAUCAUCAUGUUCAUCAUCAUCAUCAUGUUCUUCAUCACGUUCAUCAUCACGUUCAUCAUCAUGUUCAUCAUGUUCAUCAUCAUGUUCUUCAUCACAUUCAUCAUCAUCAUGUUCUUCAUCACGUUCAUCAUCAUGUUCAUCAUCAUGUUCUUCAUCAUCAUCAUCAUCAUGUUCAUCAUCAUGUUCUUCAUCGAGUUUUUCAUCAUGUUCUUCAUCUUGUUCAUCAUCAUGGUCAACAUCAUGUUCAUCAUCAUCAUGUUCAUCAUCAUGUUCUUCAUCAUGUUCAUCGUCAUCAUGUUCUUCAUCAUGUUCAGCAUCAUGUUCAUCAUCAUGUUCAUCAUCGUGUUCAUCAUCUUCAUCAUGUUCAUCCCAUUCGCAGCAAUCCCAACUUUUUUCGGGACCCUGAAGGACGUCAACCUCAACCGUAGCCCCAGCACCUCACACAGGAUGCAACAGAGCAACAGAUGCCCCGCCCAGACCAGCGAGACACGCUUCCAGACCUGCAAGACCCUCCUGAAGGACCUGCACUGA